AUGGACGAAUGCUGUAUGUCAGCUGAAGACUCGGAGAGACUAAGGAUACACAAGGAGAUUGAGAGACAGCUUCGCAUGGAAAAGAAAGAAUCUCACCGUGAGAAAAAGUUGUUGCUUUUAGGGACUGGUGAGAGUGGAAAGAGCACCUUCAUCAAACAGAUGAGGAUCAUCCAUGGGAAGGGCUACUCGGACGCAGACAAGCGAGGCUUCACCAGGCUGGUUUACCAGAACAUCGUCAAUGCUGUUCAGAACAUGAUCCAAGCCAUGAAGACCCUACAGAUUGAUUUUAAAGAUCACCAGAACAUUAGCCAUGCAGACAGACUGAGCAUGGUGAAGGCAGAUCUAGUGACCAUACUGGAGCCAUGGCAGGUGGAUGCCAUCAGGAGACUGUGGAGCGACCAGGGAAUUCAGAAGUGCUACGAGCGCAAGCGAGAGUACCAGCUCUCUGACUCUACCAAAUAUUACCUGAGUGAUCUGGACAGAAUCACUGCCCCCUCAUACCUCCCCACCCUGCAGGACAUCCUGAGGGUCAGGGUCCCCACCACAGGCAUCAUAGAGUACCCCUUUGACCUCAAGACUGUCAUCUUCAGGCUGGUGGAUGUGGGGGGUCAAAGGUCAGAGAGGAGGAAGUGGAUCCACUGUUUUGAGAGGGUCACCUCCAUCAUCUUCCUGGUGGCUCUCAGUGAAUACGACCAGGUCCUCUAUGAGAGUGCCAACGUGAAUCGACUAGAGGAGAGCAAAGCCCUGUUUACAACCAUCAUCACAUACCCCUGGUUCCAGGAAUCCUCCAUCAUCCUCUUCCUAAACAAAACUGAUCUUCUAGAGGAAAAGAUCUACCACUCCAACCUCGCAGACUACUUCCCAGCGUUCAAAGGUCCCCGGAAAGAUGCAGAGUCUGCUAAGAAGUUCAUCCUGAAUAUGUACAAAGAGCAGCACAUGGGGCGUCACAAAUCCCUGUACAACCACUUCACCUGUGCAACGGACACAGAAAACAUCAGAGUUGUCUUCAAAGCAGUCAAAGACACCAUCUUUAGAGAAAACAUGACUAAGUACAACCUGGGUUAGGGGUUUAGUGUGAUUUCAGAUCUGUAUAUGGUGCAAUAGAGUUAAUUCACUUCCGGUUUACAGUUUUGGUACAGACAUUUAAGUAACUGUGGUCUUGAAUUAUACGCUUUCUUACUAUA